GCAGGAUGUUGUUAUCCUAAAUUCUAUACCUAUUUGCUCUCCUUUACCUAUUGUUGUGUGGUCAGUGCUGUAAUUGUACGAAGGGGUACCUUGGGUAACGGGUACGCUUUAUUUUUCUGACAUGUUGACCACUUAAGGCAAUGCAAUAACAAUCGUUUUAAAAGUACACUAAAAGUAAUUUAUCGGCAGUGCUAGAACGUCAAUUGUAGGUUUUGACUUUGUACAUUUGUUUUGUUGUAAUUUUCUACAAGAAGGUAUUAUAAAUAAUAUUACCCGGUUGUCUGUUAGUCUAAGGACAACAACAUAUUAUAAUCUAAAUGGCCAUCAGCAACAACGGAUCGUUAUUAUUUGUAUCGGUAGUUACGUUAGGAGUUUUACUAGGCCAUGUAAGUCUGGGCCGGGCCCCGAGCAUAUCCACAGGUAUCAAAUAUAGCCCGUCCCGAUCUUGGGCGUUAUACUUGGUACCCGCCACGAUGUGGAGACGAGCCGGGUCGCGUACAACCCAAAUUGAACAAGGCCGGCCCGGGCAGGAUUCUAAUGUUAAUGCUGCUUAUGUUAGUGAUAUCGAGGCUCGAGAUGUAUAUAAAGACAAAAAGCAAGAGGACGACAUUGCACCAAAAUCUCAGCUGCCUUUGCCAAAAGAUUCAAAAACAAUCCGCAAAAGCACACUUUUGCAUUCGGCAUGGGUGAUUAUUUCGAUUGUACUGCUCAUUACGUUGGGUGCCAUUGCUGUUUAUUAUUGGGUACUCUUUUAUCCUAUUUUGUGCAAAAAAGAACGCAAGUAUGAUGUUAUGCAGAUGUCAGCAAAACCAUAAUUAAUACUACAACAUACUUGUAAACCUCUCAAAGGUGGAGGUGUAAAAAUAUUGCGAACAAUUGUAUACUGUUAAAAUUUGCAGUUUCCAACUAUUUUUAUUUUUUUAAUUAACAUUGUAUAUGUUAAGAAAAUAUGUCAUCUAAUAGGUUAUUACUGACUGACUAAUUGUCUUCCAAUUGUUCCUUGUUAUAACUUGUGUUAAUAACAUAGGAUAAUAUUAUAAUCAACAUAAAUCGAUAAUUGUGAAUUUCAUAAAUCGUAAGACAAACUAAGUAUUUUUUUCAAUUAUAUAUUUUAUAAAUAUACUUUAUUAUUAUUUUAAUAAUAAAUACACGGUAUUAUUUAAGAUUGUAUAAUAUAUAUUGAUAAUGUCUAACCAUAUUUAGAACAAUUU